AUGUAUAUAAACCGAAAUCCAAAUAUUAAUAAUAACAAAAAGUAUGAUGCUUUGAAAUAUGAAGAUGAAAAAGAGACAUUCGGAGAUAAAUCGAAAUAUAUUAACGUUUCAUAUCAUAUAAGAAAAUUAUUUAGUUAUUGUGAUGCAGAUAUAUUAAGAAUUGAAAAUAAUUUGAUUAUAUAUAAUAGUAUAAUUGAUAAUAUAAAAAAAAAUGGAAAUAGAUUAAUAAAAAAAGAAAUCGAAAAAAUAAUACGAGAGAAAGAAGAAAACAAAAAUUAUUGUUUAAAAGAUGAUAUGAAAGAAGAAUACAAAAUUGUUAAUUUUGAUUUAAAAAAAGUUGAACUUGAUUUUAAAUUUAUUGAAUGUAGUUUAUGUUUUGAAUUAAUUAAAAUUAUAUGUAUCCAAGAAUGUAAUCACACAUAUUGUUUCUUAUGUUUUUAUCGACUAUUAUAUAUGCAAAUUAAAGAAAAUAAUUAUGAAAAUAAUGAUAAUAUUAAUAAUAAUGCAACAGGGCAAAAUGCUCUAAAUAAUACUAGAAGUAAUAGCUAUAUUAAUUCAAGAAGUUAUUCCUACAGGGAUAGGGGUAGAAACCGAAAUUAUGAUGAGUCUUAUCAUCAAAAUAACAGAACAAAUAUACAAAAUGACAAAUUUAAUUAUGCAUUUGAUAAAGAAAAAAUUAAAUGCCCUUUUUGUAAAGAACGAAAUGAAUAUAUAUUUUUUUGUCUAAACAAUUUUUAUACAUAUUUUACAUACAAUAAUUUGCUUCAGACCUUGUUAGAACCUGAUGAGGUAGAUAUGCUAGCAGGAGAUAUUGAAAAUAAAAAUAUAAACGAAUCUGAAAUUGUAGGAAAACAACUUAAAUUUAGUGGAAGCCUUGAAAAGAAUCAAAUCAAUGAUAAAAGGGAAUCAAUAGAUAAUAUAAGCAUUGAAAUAGAUGAACAAAAUAUUAUAAAAAAAUAUAGUAGUGAUAUAUGUAAAGAGAUUGAAGAUAUUGAAGAAAUAGAAAAAUUAACAUCAAAAAAUGAUGACGAUAUACAAAAAGAACAAGCUGAUUUAUUAGAAAAAAAUAAAUUAAAAAAAAUAUUUUCAUCACAUUAUGAUGAUAUUAUUAUUUUAAGAAAUAUAUUAAAGAAGGAUCCCAAAUCAAAUGAAGAUACAACAAAAAGUGCAAAAAAAGGGGAAAAUAUGUAUUUGUUUAAUCAUUAUGAAAAAUAUAUAAAAAGGAAAAAAGAUAAAACUAAAUAUAUUCUUAAUGGAUGUGUUAAUUCUUUAAAACGAUAUGCAUUUUUCUCAAAAAUAUUUGUAGAUACAGAAAAAAAAAUAUUUUAUGAAUAUUAUUAUAUAUAUAGUUUAUCAACACUUUUAACGAGUUAUGCUUGUUUGUUAACUCCUUGUAUUGAUUAUUGGGUAAAAGUACAAAAUAAAAAAGUCGAAAAAUUUAAAUUAAAUAAUAGUCAUAAAAUAAAUAAAUAUUUUGAAUAUAUAUAUAUUUAUAAUAAACAAAAUUUAUUACGUAAAAAAAAUGAUUCAAUAUAUGAUAAGUAUCAUCAAUAUACUAGAGAUGCUCAUAAUAUAAGUGAGCUUGAAUCGGAGUCGACAGACCAUUAUUUUAAUGUUAUAGAUAUUUUUUAUAAAACAUGUUUUACAAAUUUAGAUAAUAUAACAAAUUUAAAACAUUUAAAUAAAUAUUGUUACACCAGAUUAAGUGAAUUAUGUAAACAUUUGUCAGAACAUAAAAAAACAUAUUGUGAUAUAUGUGUAGGAAAUAAUGAUAAUAAUUUUUUAUUUGAAUAUAAUAUUUUUUUAAAAAAAAAUGUUAAAGCCCAUAUUGAAUAUGGAGAACAAAUUUCAGAAAAUAAAUAUAAAAUAAGACAUAUUUAUUGCCAUAUAUGUUCGUAUUAUUUAUAUGACUUUGAUACAUAUAUGAGUCAUAUAAAUAAAUAUCACUUCUUUUGUAAAUUUUGUUUUAAUAAAAAAAACCCUGAAAUUAAAGGAGUCGAGAAAAAUGAAAUCGACGACAUUGUCUACUAUGAUCAGCUUCACCUUCACGUUUACAAGGAUUACGAUAAUUUAUUUGCACACUAUAAAAAAAAACAUCACCCAUGCCUGUACGAGCAAUGUAUAUUUGUUGUGUUUGACAAUAGAAUGGAUUUAUGCCUACAUUUAGCAGAAAAACAUGAAGAAAAGGGUAGCAAACGAAACAAAAUAGCGUUUUCCAUUGGUGGAGCAUCCUAUAAUGAAAUACGAAAUAGUGCAAAUAAUAAUAGUAGCAAUCGUGGUAGAAAUAAUACAUAUAAUGAUCGAAAUGAUUAUAGAAACAAUAUUAAUAUUAUUCAGUUAAAUAAUGAAAAAGGGAAUUCAAAUAUAUGUGAAAAUGAAGAAGAUAAUAAUAGAGAAAAAAUAGAUAUAAAUAAUUAUAAAUGUAUUUAUGAUUUUAAAAGUUUUUCUGAUUCUUGGUAUUUUGAAUAUUUUAUUGAAAUAAAAAUGAUAAAUUUUGUAGAAUAUUUUAAAAAUAAAAAAACAAUUUUUUUACAAAUUAUGAAAAAAGAUUUAGAAUCAAUUGUAAAUAUUUUAGACAUUCUAACAAAAAAUAACAACGAUUUUUAUUUAUCAAAUGAAGAAAUAAUUGAUUUGACAAAAAGUGUUAUAGAUACUGAUUUUGGAACAGAACACAAAAAAAAUAAUUUUUUUAUUUUUAAAAUAUUUUUUGAUGGCAUAAUAGAAAAAAUUGAUUAUUUAUUAUAUAAUAAAGAAGAUUUAGAGAAACAUUAUUUAAAUCUAUUUUUUAAUAUUAUUAUAUAUAGAUCUUUCAUAUUAUAUUAUUCAUUCUUUUUUAUGCACGUAAGUGAAAAGAAAACGAUACUAGGGAAAAUUAAUAACAGUACAAAUAGUAACAAAAAUAAGAAAAAUGCUAACAAUUCAAAUGAAAAGAAAGAAAAAAAUGAUGCCAUAUAUAAUUAUAAUAAUAAUAAAAGUAUGGUUAAUUUAAGACAUAAAUUUGAAAACGCCACAAAAAUUAAUAUUAACGAAUUAAGUAAGUAUGGGUUUUUAUAUUUAACAUUUUUAUUUUUUAAAAUUGAAAAUAAUGCAUUAGAAAAAGUAUACACUAAUAUAAAGAGUAUAUAUACCUUAUGUAAUAAUACAUGGAAAGAUAUUGAAGCUAUUAAUAAACGAAUUACACUAGCAUGUGAAAGUGUUACUAAUUCUAAAAAUGGAAAAAAUAAAAGUAAUGAUAAUUCAUUAAUUAGUAGUGUAAAUAAAAAAGGCAGCAAUACUACACCAAUAAAAUGUAGCAGUGAAAAAAACAAUAAUAAUGUAAAAGGAAAAGAAAAACUGACUUCCCUUUUUGAUGUUAUAAAUUCUAAAAAUAAUAUAAUGGAACUUGAAAAUAUUUCGAAUUUAAUAAAAAAAUCUUUUAAAAAUAAAAAUCCAAAUAAUAUUAUAAUAAAUCAUAUUUAUGAUCAAAAAUGGGAUAUUUGCAAAAAAGUUUCUUUUGACAUGUUAUAUUGUAUAGACCCAAAUUUAAAUUUAGUUUCAUUUUUUUAUUUAUUUAUAAGUAAUUAUUUAUCAGCAUAUCAAAAAGAUCCAUGUAUUAAUAAAUUUUUAAAUAUAUCUAAUGAAAAUAAAAAAAACAUACUAAAAAAGAUUGCCCUUGAUGUAGAUUUAACAUCACUAACUACGAUAUCGAAAGACCUUAGCAAUUUUGUAAAUGCACGAGCAUUAGAAGAAUGUUUAUCAACAGGCCCUGAAUAUUACAGAAUUAGAAAAGAUAUAGAAUUUAUACUGAGGAAUAGAAAUACAAAUAAUGUUGUAAACAAUGGUAGUAAUUAUAAUAGAUCUUCAAAUACAUAUAGAGGAUCAGAAAAAUAUAAAAAUAUAGAAGAUCAAAAAAUUAGUUCCAAUUUAUAUGAUACAUCAUUAUCUUUAAGAAAUCGUUUUUUAAAUAUUAUUAAAAGUUCAAGAAUUAAUGAACUAUAUUAUAUAUAUUUUUAUGUCUCUUCUAUUAUUAAUACAACAAAUACAAAUAAAAAUAGUGAUAUACAAAAGAAUGAAGAAUUUCCAUCUCUUGCUUCUAACAAUAAUGACGAUCGAACCUCUAGUAUCGCUACUAUAUCUCGUUUUAAUAUAAACAACUCAAAUAAUGCAAAUCUCAAGGGAAGUAAUGCUAGUAAUCCUUUAUCUACAAAUGGAAAGCGUAAUAAAAUUGGAAGUAAUAAUAGUACCAAAUUAAACAAUGAAGAUAAAAAUAUUAAUUCUUAUAAGCAAAAAGUUGAAAAUAAUAAAAAUACAUCAUUGAAUUCAAAAGGUGGGGUCCUUGAUGUAGAGUACCCUCCUUUACCAAAACAAAAAACCGAGGACGAUACUUUUCCUUUUUUAAUAAGCAGUAACAAUAAAACAAAAAGUAAGGACAAUAAAUCGGGAGCUUUAAAUAAAGAUAUCACAUUGAAUUGGAAAAAAAAAGAAUCGAAUACUUCAAAAAAUAAGGGGAAAGAGGAAGAAAAAAAAAAUGAUAAAAAGAAUGAUAAAAAAACUAAUAAUGCAACCACAGGUUUAACGUCUUUAAGCUCUAAUAAAACUGGAAAAAAUAAAACAGAUAAAAAUGAUAUUUCCAAUUUUUAUAAAUCUUUUAAUAUAGAUGAAUUUCCAGCUCCAUCUCUUCUCGCUGAUCAGAAGAAAUUACUUGAAGAAAAUAGCAAAAAAAAAAAGAAAAAAAAAAAAGAAAAUAAUAACGAUAAUAAUAGUGACAAUAAAUACUUUUAUUCAUCUGACGAUAACAUACUUAGUAAUAGUAAAUCAUCAUCGAAAAAAAAAAAAAAUGUUACUAUACCAGACAGUAAUAUUACAUAUACCAUAAAAAAAAGUAAUAAAGUCAAAUGUUGUAGUAUGUGUACUUAUGAAAAUCCUUAUGAAAGGAAAAGAUGUGAGUUAUGCGAAAAUCCUUUAUGA